AUGAACGCUCUAUCAGAUCAAUUAAUGAAGGUUAUCCGUCUGGGGCAGAAAAAGGAAGGAGAUGUGGAACAUAGACCACUUAAAGUAGUCUGUAACAAUUCCGAUAUCAUAAAAAAAGCCAUCCGUGUUAAGAAAAAGCUUGUUUCAACUGCCUACAAAAUUGCAUUUGAUUCGACAAAAAUGCAGCAAGCUGCCUACAAAGCAGCUAGAGGCGUUGGUGUUGUUGACGAAAAUACGCCUAUCUUUAUCAGUGAAGAUAUAUCCAAAGACACCUACACGCUUUUUAAAAAGGCAAAGGAACUUAAAAAUAUGGAUUAUAAGCAUGUAUGGCAUCGUGAUGGGAAAAUCUUGCCGAGGAAAAAUGAUAAUGAUAAACCAGUCCACAUAAUAAAUGAAGCUAUGUUGGAUGAACUUUUAGGUUAG